AUGGCCAAUUCACAUUCAACCCCUCUUCUUUCCCAAUCCAAAUCUACCGAUGAAUCUGAAGUUCCACAGCCUGAGAAACACCUUCCAUCUCUGGGCUCCACAAUGGAACGUUGCUUAUCAGGAUUCACCCCUUCCCAGUUCCUCCAACCCCUUCACAUUUCCUUCGCUUGGAUUUUCGAUGCCCACCAAAUUUUCAUCACUGUCUUUACUGACGCCCAACCCCCACCGUCCUCCCCCGCCCACCACGGCGGCUCCUCUUACUAUUCCAUCAUCUCCGAGUGGAACUUAAAUCUUGAGGACGACCCCAUACUCACGGGCCUCCCAUCCUCCUCCUUCUUCAUCGGCAGCCUCGUCGGCGGUUUUGCACUAUCCACUCUCGCUGAUACGUCCUUGGGCCGCAAGAACAUGCUCUUCCAUUCUUGUCUCUUCAUGUCCCUCUCUUCAUUGCUCGCAGCCUACUCUCCAAACGUUUGGGUCUAUUCUUGUCUCAGGUUUCUCUCUGGUUUUGGUAGAGCCACCAUCAGUACCUCCGCCCUCGUCCUCGCCUACGAGCUCGUCGGAAAGCAGUGGCGAGGCCAGGUGGGUGUCAUGGGAUUCUUGUGCUUCACUCUUGGCUUCCUCUCACUCCCGGCCAUGGCAUACUUAAACCGAAACUCCUCAUGGAGAAACCUCUAUAUAUACACAUCCAUCCCAACAAUAUUAUACUGUGUGUUAGUAAAACUCCUCGUACACGAAUCUCCUAGGUGGUUCCUCUUAAGAGGAAGGAAAGAGGAAGCCAUCGAUACACUAAGAUGCAUCGCAUCAAUAUCUCAAAGCUCAUUGAAUUUAGCCAUUUGUGAAGUGUUUGAGACCGAGGAAAGUUCGGAUGAUAACAUGAAUUUAUACUCGGCACUGAAGGUUUUGAGGCAAUGGGCUUCAAGAAGGAUCUUAGCUGUUAUGUUGCUGGGUUUUGGUAUUGGCGCGGUUUAUCACGGGAUGCCACUGGGUCUCGGAACGCUGUCGUUUGAUCUGUAUUUGAGUGUGACGUUCAAUGCUUUAUCGGAGCUGCCAUCGUCUCUUUUAACCAUCGUAUUGAUUGGCAAGUUCAACAGAAGAAGUGCUAUUUGGGUAUUCACCAUCAUGAGUGGGAUUUUCAGUCUCUUAUCGGUGAUGAAGUUUGGGAAAACAUGGAUGCAGCUGGAAAUGGGGUUCGAGUUGGUGUCGUUUUUCAGCGCUUGCACUGCGUUUAAUAUAUACUCAGUUCAGACAUUAGCUAGGGCUAUACAGAGGAAGAUGGAAAGCUCAAAGAUAAGUCUAUUUUGUGCUGUCUCUUUUCUCUUCGUCUCCCUUGUGGCGAGCGAUCGUCUAAUUCUCUCAAGCUUCGUUCCUUCUGGUUCUUCUAACCCUGAACAAGCUUUUCAGAAACCGUCUUCUUCUGUUUCAGCCAUCUAUGGUCCUUAUGUCAACUAUGGCGUGAAGAGGCUUGUUCCUUCAGGUCCAAAUCAAGAGAAAUCACCUGAGUCGCCACAUUCAAACAUGAACUAUAACAUGAAGAGGCUUGUUCCUUCAGGUCCGAAUAAUGAGAAAUCACCUGAAUCCCCUCAUUCAAACGUGAACUAUAACAUGCAGAGGCUUGUUCCUUCGGGUCCCAAUCCUUUGCACGAUGGCAUUGUUCCUCUUCCUACUAAUAAGGGAUCGAUGAAUUGA